GCCACGCCAGGGAGUACGCCCAAUUUCUUUUAGCGUUGGUUUUACGGAGUGUUCCGUCUUAAAUACUUCGAGCCUUUGAGGCACGCUUCGGAAGAGCGAUCUCUCACCAUCGCACAAUUUCAUCGCGAAACCGUCGUCAACCUCUGAAUUUCAUCAUCGAUUGUUCAUCAUCUUCCUCAGUGUAUUUUAGCAUUGGAGCCAAUAACUGUUGGAUUGGAUUCAAGCGGAACGAUGUUUGGAUCAACUAACCCUUUUGGGCAGUUGCCCACCAGCCCGUUUGGUUCACAAUCGGCUUUUGGGCAGACAGGCAACAAUCCAUUUGCACCCAAACCUUUUGGAGGCACAACUCCUUUUGGCUCUAAUACUGGGAGCUCUCUUUUUGCUGGCAAUUCUACUGGUGUUUUUGGAGCAACACAAUCCUCUUCACCUUUAGGUUCCACCCAAACUUUUGGCGCAUCUUCUCCUGCCUUUGGAAGCACGACACCUGCACUUGGAACUUCAUCAACUCCUACAUUUGGUAAUUCAUCAUCAGCAUUUGGGAGUAAGUUGUUGGAUAUGUGUGUAUUAUUGUGCAUAUAUCUUUACCUUUUACAUUAGUAUGCUGCUUGGCUUCAUAAUCGAUGAGUAGAAUCCAUGUCAAUGAGUCAACAUGGUCAGAUCUUUCUCAAGGCAUCUUUUUUCUUCACAUAUGAUAAGUUUUGUUGCCUUGGCUUUAUGCAAAUAUGCACUUCUUCAAAAGUACUCUUUGUAAGUUUUAGGUAGUCACGUAGCUCUGAUUAAUAUCUGGAUUAACUGUAGAACAAAUCUUCUUGAUGGAAUGCAUAAAGUUAUAGGUCAGUA